UCGCGAGGGAAGUCUUGCUGUGGUUGCUCAGCCAUUUCUCCCGUGUUCUCUCUGCACCUUUAGCAGAGCUUCUCUGGGUGCCAUGUUGGGCCAAAGUGUCCGGAGGUUUACAACCUCUGUGAUCCAUCGGGCCCACUAUGAGGAAGGUCAGGGAAGACUGCCAUUUUCAGUGGUAAACAAGUGGUGGUUACUGGUCACGAUGACUGUGUAUUUUGGAUCCGAGUUUGCUGCACCUUUUUUAAUAGUGAGGCACCAGCUGCUUAAGAAAUGAGUGUGUCAUAAUUGACCCAUUUAACAGGUAAAAAGAAUGAAGAGGCAUAGACUCUGGAAAAUGGAUUAAACUCUCCAACUCCACAUAUUAGAUAUGUUUGUAAAUAAACUCCUGACAUAAAAAAAAA